AUAAGCUCACCUAAUCUGCUUCGCAACCAUAUAACCACACAGUACCUUAUCCAUCAUCUCUCCCCACAUACAAAUUAAACCCCAUUUUUUAUUUCUCUGCAACUCUUGUUUUCCAUAAGUUGUAAGCCUUCUCUUUCUUUGUAUAGCAAUGGCAACAGCCUCAGCUACACUCUCCCCUGUCACACUUGCUGCUGCCACUGUUAUCAGUCCCGGGAGGAGAACGAGCGUUAAUGUGAAGUACAUAUCAGGGCUGAAUGCUUUCGGUGGGCUAAAGGCUCACAACAAUGUGGUCUCACUAGGCCUGCCGGUUUGCACCGAGCAAUCUUUUGCAAAGGUUGUGAGCUCACUCAGAGCUCCAUCGAAGGGAAAAGGUGGCGGUGCCCUCUCUUCAACCUGCAACGCAGUUGGUGAGAUUUUCAGGAUUGCAGCAAUCAUGAAUGGCCUUGUUCUCGUCGGGGUUGCUGUGGGGUUUGUUCUUCUUCGAAUUGAAGCAUCUUUGGAAGAGGCUGAUUGAGAAUUUUAGAGAGUUUUAAGUUGCUUCUUUCAUGUAUGUCUGCUUUUCUUUAGCAAACUUGCACUUUUAAUUUUCUUUCAUUCCUCCAUUGAUGUGGAACUUGAUUUGUUUUCAAUUUCCAAAACCAAAUAAGUAUCUCGGGUUGCUAUUUUUGAAACUAUAUCAGAUAAAAUAACAAAGACAAUUUCCGUUUAA